AUGAUGGUAAAUGCCGCUAUUGUGCAGAAUUUAGAAUCACUACACCUUCAGAUAGAAAGCAGGGAGCACAAGUCUUCACUUAUCGAUAGUAUCUAUCAGAACUUGAGCCUUGAAGAUCAUGACUUCGUUGAUUCCACUUUAUUGAAUCUCACAAAUUUCCGUGGCAACAGGUGUGAAUCGUGUCACAAUAAGAUUAAGUAUGCUCAAUACUUGUUACAGAAAUAUCCAACUAAGGAUCAUUUAAUUUCUCUUACAUUAUACAAAUACUGUUUGGAACAGAAUAAAGGAAAGGAUUCAAAAUGCGAGUUUGUCGAUUUCUUUUUAUUCACAGCUCAAAGAGAAAAGGCCGAGUCGGAUGCCAGAAACCAAGCCAUGGCUGGUUUGGAAGGCGAAACAUCAGUCAAUUUCUUCUUCAAUGAUUUCACAGAAAUGGUCAGGAACUUUAAUACUUCUUCAAAGCUCUCACUAGACUAUUAUUGUCACUAUAAAGGAAAAUAUUGUGAAUUGCCCACAACGCCGCCUUUAGAAACUAUAUUUAAUUUGACUUCCUUCUGGCCAGAGAAGACGCCAGAGAAAAAAAUUGAACCGAAGUAUAACACUACAAGAGAAAGUUUUAAUGUCUUACAUCUUUCAGACUUUCACAACCAAUUGCGUUUUCAAAUUGGGGCAGAGGCCAAUUGCUCACAGGGCCUUUGUUGCCUACCUGAGUCAUAUAAUCAGGACUUGAUUCCCAAGGGCUAUAAUUUCACUGACGUCUACCAACAUGCCGGUGCAAACAUGAGCAACGUGAAACUUUCAUUUUAUCCUGAUGCUGAAUUUUCGCCGAUCGACGAUACCUAUUUUGAGGGUAAAUAUCACGACAUGCCGGCAUUUAGGGGAUGGAAUUGGGCAUGGGAGCCAGCUACAACAUUUGGAAAUUACCAAUGUGAUCCGCCCGAAGUUAUGCUUAAUCAUUCUUUGAAGCAUAUUUCACUGACCUUCGAUAAUAACAAAUAUGAGUUCUCGGUUUUUACUGGAGAUAUUGUGGACCAUGACGUAGCGCAUUGUGACCCUGAUACGACGAGGUAUGCCGAAACUCGUUCCUACAAGAUCAUGAGACAUUUUUUACACCAACAGCCGGUAUAUCCCACUUUAGGGAACCACGACACAUUCCCGUACGGCCAAUUGGCACCCGAGCGAUUGAACAACAAAACUUUCAAUGAAUCACUGUAUCACUGGAACGAUGACCUCAUUAGUGACCUUUGGAUCUCCAAUGGUUGGAUUGAUAGUUCUUUAAAGAGUUUUAUCCGUCAACAUUAUUCGUCAUAUACCACUACAACUGAUAGGGGUUUGAAGAUUAUUUCCCUCAAUUCCAACUGCUACUAUAAGAAAAACUUGUAUGCAUACAUAAAUAUGGAGGCAGAGCCGGAUUUGUUCGGUCAGUGGGAGUUCCUCAUCAACGAAUUAAUAGAGAGCGAAAACUCAAACCAGCGAGUGUGGAUAUUAGCACACAUCCCCGCGGGAGAUGCUGAUGCCUUGCCAAUCCAAUCCGAAAUAUUCGCAGGUAUAGUGAAGCGGUUUUCUCCAUUUACUAUUGCAGGUAUAUUUUACGGCCAUACUCAUAGAGAUCAAGUCAAAGUUCUCUACGAAGAUAAUGCGCCUGUUAAUAUGGCUUGGAUCUCUCAAGCUAUCACCCCCUUGGGUCCCGCAAAUCCCUCCUGGAGGUAUUAUCGAGUGGAGGACGAGUCUUUCAAUAUUCUCGAAUCUUAUAACUAUUAUUCCCCACUAAACGCGACUUGGACAAAUGGUGGAGAGGAACCCAUAUGGUCGUAUGGAUAUAGUGCUAGAGACACUUAUGAUCCGAAUCACGAAUGGCCCGCUCUGGCGCCACUUAAUGCUUCUUUCUGGGACAAAUUCGUUGUACAGAAAUUGAAGGACAGGCACAAUAUACAGUUCAAUCAGAGGUACACUGACUUAAUGUUUCGUGAGAACCCAUAUGUCCCAGAUUGCAAAAAUGGAUCACAAGUCACAGACAAAUGCUACCAAAAUAAUUAUUGCGACGCAAUUGGGUUUAAAAUUGACGAUUUUAACGAGUGUAUCUCGUAA